AUGAAAGAGCAGUUCACUCUCAACCAGGGGACCGACCUCAAAGAAGUCACAUACUCAAUUGAAGAGCUCAAUAGAAAUACAACCAAAUCAACUCUAUUCUCUUCCCCCAAGGAAAUAUGGGAAAUAAUAAAAAAUUUACCACCCGGCAAAGCUCCAGGCUGCGACAACAUACCAAAUGCUGCACUCAAACACCUCCCAGCCCCUGCUGUUGUUAGUUUAAAUAAUAUUUUCACCGCUUGCCUCAGGCAUUCUCAUUUUCCUAAAACAUGGAUAACUGCUUCAAUAGUUAUGAUCCCCAAACCCUACAAAGAUCACAGUUUAGCAAAUAACUAUAGGCCAAUAUCAUUACUUACUACAAUGUCCAAAGUAUUCGAGAAGGUGAAUGACAUGGUCAUUCGACGACAACCCAACUUCCUAAACUCAUAG